AUGGUUGGUGUCGUCAAUAGGAGCAUCACAUCGCAACCGUCCCUGAUGCACGCUGAGGCGGGAGACGCGUCGCCGGAUGCUGAUGGGAGUUCUAGUACGCCGGACGCGACGGUAACGGAUACACUGCGACGGACGGUGUUCGUUGGCAACGUUCCAGCUACCAUACGCAGACGCAAACUGGAGGCGCUGUUUCGUUCCUGUGGCAAAAUUGUUUCAUCCCGUCUCCGGUCGUUCACACCUGCAAAGCCGAACCUGCCUCGAAAGGCGGCCAUGAAUCAAGGCGCCAUCCAUCCUACCAGGCGAACAUGCAACGCGUUUUUAGUUUUCGAGGAUGAUGUUGCGGUGGAACGUGCCUUGCUCCUGAAUGGUACCCCACUCGAGACAGACGAUGGUAGUCAAGUGCACAUGCGCGUUGAUCGUUGUUACCUUGCCCCGCAAAAGAUGCGUGAACAGCGUACGACACGAGCGGAUACCGGCACCGGCGAUGCCGCGGCACCAUCGUACACGUCGCCAGACGCUCUGAGUGCGAAAAUCGCCUGGGAUCAUCGACAUUCUAUCUUCAUCGGAAACGUACCAUUUACUGCAAACGAAGAAGAGAUUCGGAGCGUUUUCAGUGACUGUGGUGCAAUUUUGAACGUGCGCAUUGUUCGAGAUGCCCAGACUGGAAUGGGAAAAGGUUUCGCAUAUGUGACGUUUGCCCCAGAGGCCAAUAUGGACCUUGCUCUGAGUCGUCACGAGACUGUGCAGCUGCACGGACGCCUUCUUCGGGUAGAGCGUUCCGUUGAGCGUCUGGCGAAUCGACGUGCGCAGCAUGGCAAAACCGACAGCCGCAGCAAUGCAGGAAACGGCGCUAGAACGGCUGAUUCGCGACGGAAACAAACGCCGCGUCAUAAGGGUAGAGGAGCUGCUCGCGAUUCGCAGACUACCUCGAAGCGUGCGAAGCGGGAGCGAUCAGCGAAACGGGCUAUGAUACCGAAAGCAGGUCGACGCAAGGGCGCCAAGCGUCGCGCUGGGUCUAACUUGGGUUCACCAGUGAAAGAAGUCGCCGCAGAUGCGCUGCCGCCCUUUGCUGGCCGGGUUGCUGAUCCGAGUACCACACCCUUCUCGCGACCGAAGCACCGACGCCGAAAACGGGGCCCGGGAGUCUCAGGCAAUGCAGGUGUCUCGAAGCGUGUGCGAAAACAAAGCAAAAUAGGCAAGCCGAGGAAGCGGGUGCGCUAG